AUGGCAUCUUACGAACAUACAACGAAUAUGGAGCCUACUUACGUCGAGAAUGCCUACAUCGAAAACGGCCUUCAUCCUGUACAUCACUCCGACAAGAUUGUCGGCGGGCCAAUAGAGCACCAAUACGAUGGCCAGUAUUAUGGAGGAUACACACAAAUCAGCGCGGCCACGACACUCAAGGCGGAGAAGAGGAUAUGCGGUGCCCGGAAACCAGUCUUCGUGCUGUGGUGCAUCAUCGGCUUUAUGGCGGCCAUGCUGGUGAUGGUUGCUGGCGUGUUUGGGGCUAUGAUAGCGAACCAGGAUGCAAAAAUACAAAACCUUCAACAAACAAACGGGGGUACAAGGUGA